GGCGGUGCUUCGGUGCAGUGUUGUGAUCGCGCGCUUACCUUACACGUCACGAGACUUCGCUUACAGAAAUGACAGGGGUGUAUACGAAGAAAUCUGUGGAGGACGUGUUCGACACGUCGCAAGAAGCACUUCCGUUCAGGCUUCAACAGAUCGCCGAAGAUGAGCUCGGAGAGACUCCCGCUCGGAGGAAGGAAUCUCUUGCGAAGCUUCUCCAGCUUUUAUCAGAGGAAGAGGACCUGAACACACGGGAGGAUGCGCAGUUUCUUCUGAGGUUCCUGCGGGUGCGGAAAUACAACGUAGAGGCGGCCCUGCGAACAGUGAAAAACUAUUACAAGAUCCGAAACACCAGCGGGCCCGUGUUCCGUGACUUCCUGCCUUCCAAGGUGUCUCCAGCUACGAGAAAGCUCAUGAUGGUCAUGAAAGAGAAGGAUGCUCACGGACGACGAAUCUUCUUUUUCAAACCCGGUAUGUGGGUACUCGAGGAAUCAUCCUACGUGGAUGUCCAUCGGGCUAUCAUGCUGUGCUUGGAGCACCUGGCGAGGGACCCAACGACACAAACGCUAGGUGUGGUGAUACUCUUCGACUAUGGCGGCUUCACAGCAGAAAAAGUGCUUGCCAUCAACGUGGGUCUGAUCAGGAGAGGCUUUGAGUACCUGCAGGAUUGCAUGCCAAUGCGACUCAAGGCCAUGCACAAUGUGAAGCAAGGCCUAGCGUUCGACACGUUCUUCACGCUCAUCCGGCCUUUCUUGAAGGCGAAGCUCGCACAAAGGUUUAUCCUUUACGGAGAAAAGUUCGAGGAUCUCCACAAGGAAAUCCCGCCCAAGGUUCUUCCAGAGGAGUACGGGGGUCAGGCGCCGCCCGUCGACUUCGAGGGUUUCUGGAACGACCUGGAAAGUUAUGACGACGAGUACCGGGAGAACAACAGCUACGGCUACACGAAGACUACCAAAGAAGACUUUGCCACGGAGGCUGAGAUUGAAAGCCAGUUAACGUUUCUGUAAACAUCGUAAAAAGGCGCAAGCCCGUGAAAAAGAAGUAGCAACAUUCUUUAGACAGGGAGAAUUGACAUCCACCCGGCUUUAUACCACGAAGCUAGAAGGGAAACCCGUGCGGGUUUCCCAGAAAGAAAGCUACGCAGUUAAAAAAAAAAUUCAGGGAUCGAACCCAGAGCCAACACCUUCGCGCGCACUACCAUUUGAGCUAACCAGGAUGCUGUCAUGUUGCAACGCGACGCGGACUCGAUCGACAACUCAAGGCACUGGAAUACUGAAUGAGGCAGAUACGUUGUGCGGAAGCCAGCAAGGUGGCCUCGCUCUGAGGUCUGCUAUCUGCUAGCCUUCUGGUUAAGUCAAAUGGUAGAGCGACCACCGCGGAAAGGCGUUGGCCCCGGUUUGGAUCCCCGGACCAGAGCGAAUAUUUCUUCAAACUGCGAAGCUUUCUUUCUGGGAAACCCGUACGGAUUUCCUUUGUAGCUUCGGGCUAGAGUCGGGUUGAUGAAACCUUUCUUUUGUCGUGAAACUUGUUCUACAAAAUGUAUUUCUACCAGAACUGGUGCGCCAACAAUAUCAUCUGCUUUUUUGAGAAAUCGGCAUUCACUGCAGUGUACUAGGUGAGCUUUGUACUUUCGUGUGGCAAUCGUGCACAGUGCGCAGAAAUUGUGCGGCGCAUGUCCCGCGCAAUGAAAGCAGUGGGCGCCAUAGCAUUUAGAAAGGCAAUUGCAUUUCGAAAGGCACUCGCAUUCCGACUACACUGUCUAAAAUCAAGAAGGAGGCUGACAGAUGGAGUAGCACACACUGUGGUAUAGAAGUUAUAUAGACAGUGAUAACAUGCCUCAGAAGCGCUGGCCAACGUUUCGAUAGGUGAUCCUGUCUUUGUCAAAUAGAAUCACUAGUCGUUCGAACAACAAGUCGAAAAGUAUUGUCACCAAAGUUAUAGCACCUGUUCACAAGACGCUCUUGUCGUACGCUCAGGGGCGUUGAUAAAGGCAUACAGUCUUGAUAGGGCAUAGCGCAAAAGCACGCAUUUGCCAAAAUUCCACAUUUUGUAGGUAGUGGAAAUAAUUCUGUAAAAGGAGACACGAAAGUGUUUACAGCACAGAUGCAAAUGAAACGGUAGGCGACAUCGGGACAACGGACCUCCCAUCGUCUCUAAAUUACGUUCUCUGGCUUCCCCACAGUCAUACUCAUUUGUUCCGGCGCGUCGAGCUCGAAUUACCAACGCCUUCCGCGGAUUUCUUCUUUUUUUUUUUCAGGGGGGUGUUCGGUGCUUUGAAGUUUUUUACUCUAGCACAUUGUAAAGCCUGCCGAUGAUGCUCGACCAAUGCUGGCUCGUGUUUGUGUUGAGAUUGUGCAUUGGCGCUAUGUAAACGCUCGAGUGUCAUCUAGAGCAUAUGCUAACAAAGCUGUAACCAACCAUCUGUAAAUAUACCAAAAAGAGGCUA